GCGACCCAAGUUGUAAACAUUGCGCAGCGAGAGAGCGGCCGGGGCGGAACGCUAAUAAUUCACGAUGAAUUUAUUAAAAGGAGUCAUUGGCAUACAUGCGAGAACUAUGCAGAUACAUCACUUUACAAUUGAGAGUUUCCUGUCGAAAAAUUAUACUACCUCAAGAAGUGCUGCAGUAGAUAUGGCUUUUACCUUAUUCCAAUCAGCAAGUCCACAAAAGACAUCUGACAAAGCCCCAGUAGUGAUCAUGCAUGGACUGCUUGGUUCAAAAACAAACUGGAAAGGGCUUGGAAAAGCUAUUAGUUCCAAAACAGGGCGACAACCAUCAGUAGUGGAGAAAUUGCUGGUACUUGAUAUCUCUCCUUAUGGGGUCUCAGACAGCAUAUCAUCACUUCCCAUCUUUGUUGAGAUUAUGAGGAAGGUCCAAGUUCCGUCUCAUCUGAAUAUGGUUGAAGCACGCACCUAUGUUGACAACCUCCUGCUACCUGCAGUCCCGGAACGCGGUAUUCGGCAGUUCCUUUUGACGAACCUGAUCCGGGAUGAGGACGGCUACAAAUGGAGAGUGAACAUUAAUGCUAUUGCCAAGAACUUCAACCCCCACAUAUCUACCUUUCCCGUUGUCAAGAGGGACAGUUAUUUUGAAGGAGAGACUGCUUUUGUGGCCGGAGCUUUGUCAGAUUAUGUUAGACCAGAAGAAGAGGAGAUCAUCCAAGACAUCUUUCCGCAGGCAACUUUUCAUUACAUCGAAGGCGCAGGACACUGGCUGCAUGCAGACAAGCCGGCAGAAUUCUUAGAUGUCGUAAUUCCAAUGAUUCAGGGAUAAGAAUCUAAUAGGGCAUAGUUCUUGGAAUUUAGAAUGCUUUGUAAAAAGUACAGCAUUUGUACUGUAGUCAGAACCGUAUUUGAAUUAUUAUUUUACUCAUGAGUAAAUUAUUUCAGGAUAAUAAUUUAUUUUAGGUUGUAUAUUAUAAAGAAAAUUGAUGCUAGUUUUACAAUUAUUCAAUAAGAUGAAUAUUUAAAAAACAUUUAAUGAUUGAAGCAGUUUUAUAUUAACUUAAAGAUGUAUUUAAUAUCAUUGUAAUAUAUGUAUAUACUAAAGGUAAAUAUUAAUAAAAUAUUGCACAAUCUGUACUAGCUUAUUUUCAUAAUAAAGUUGUUUUUUAAUAGUUUAAACAGGGUAAUUUAGUUGCUAUUUAACACACACACACACACACACACACACACACACACACACACACACACACACACACAAUUUCCCUCGUCCAUCGAUCUUAUGGCUGAUGACUUCAUUUAGCAAGAAAUUUUUAUCAUAUAUUUAAUAGUAGAAACCUGUCAAACUAACACAUAAAUUUUGUAAAGUAAAGGGCAAGUGAGUUUAACAAUAUUUAUAAAGAGCUAAAGUCAACUGGAAAUUGGCAUACUCAGGCAUUUGCUAUCAUUAUAUAGAUUAUUGAUAGUAUUAAUGAAAAUAAUAAUGAUAAUAAGAAUAAUUAUGAUCAUGAUAAUGAAAAUAAUAUAAUAAUAAUAAUUCCUUAUGUAUUACUAUCACCAAUAUUAUUAUUAUUAUAUCAUUAUUAUUAUCCUUACAUUACUAUUAUUAUCAUUAUUAUUAUCAUCAUUACUGUUAAUAUUAUUUUUAUUAUUGUCAUUAUCUUGUUGGAUUUGUAAUGACUACUGAUAAAAUGUUAUAAUGUUCUCACUGUUAUUCUAGAUAUUUUUCUUACAGAUACUAUUGGCACAAUGACAAAUAUAAGAACCACUAUGAUAAUUAG